AUGAAGAAAGCAGCUGUCAUUGGUCUUUUAUGUCUCGUGUUCCUACAAAUUUUGCAAACAGCAAGUUCCAAAGGUAGGAUAACAUACACAGUUCGAAAUAUUAUCACAUUAAGGUCCUGUAUUGUUUGAUUUGUCAAUUUUUUCUACAUACAAAUCUGGUCGGCUUAAAUCAAGUUUAAACAAAAUUUACUGACCGGGAGAUGGGGAAGGGAGGAGAAACCCUUUUUGUCCAAGUUGUAAAGUACUUGUCUUCUUCCCAUUUAUGAAAGAAAUAGUCCUAGCUUGACAACUUCUUGCAUUAACAAAAAUACCUCAUAAUAUGUGACUUUGUGGUAACAAUGAUCUGCGUAUGUGAAAGGCUAAAGAAGUUCUUACUUUUUCGAGCUUACUAAAUAAAUGCGAAGCAUGAAUACUCACAACACUUUCUCAUUUUCACAUUUAGACAUAAACGUUGCUUACAAAAGACCAGUACAAACCAACUUGAAAAGUCAUCAGUCUAACGGCGACGCUCGUGAAGCGGUGGACGACGAUAAACCCGGGAAAGAAACCUGCUUUGAAAGUUUAAACAAGUUCAAAAACCCUUCGUUGCAAAUUGAUUUAGGGAAGAAUCUAUGGGUGGAGAACGUUCAAAUCAAAAGUAAAAAAAAUCUAUCAAACAUUGACAUUAGAAUAGGUAAGAGACUUUUCAAUGGGAUUUCUUCAAUCUAUUUUAGAGUGAAAAUUCAAAGAAUGUUCAUACCACACGUAACUACUGCGAUUUCAAAGGCUGCCUAAUCUUAGCCACCCAAGGUUUGUGAUAAACAAUUGAUAAAUAAAUGAAGGAAUAGAUAAAAAGAUAAAUAAACAAAUCAAAAUACAGAAAGAAAAAAAAUCAUAAAUGGAAUGGAUAGCCAUGGCUAGCGCUUAAAUUAUACAUUUUUAUAGGAAAUAGAGAUGCUAAUCUUACGUCCAACCCACUGUGUCUCAAAAGUCGUCGCAUCCCGAGAUUGACGCCCACCUCGUUCAGCUGUGCUGAGCCAAUGCUGGGAAGAUAUGUCUUUAUUGCAGCAAAAGACUACUUCCAACUAUGUGACGUAAAAGUCUUUUUGAAUGGUAAGUGCUACCAAAAUUUUACAGUUGCAGCUGAAUGCGUAGAUUUUCUAUCAAUUGACAUCUAUACUAGUAUAGUAAUGUUAUUCAUCUUUAACUGAUGCAAUGGACAAAAACAUAAAGUACCUUUUUAAUAACAAUUUGUUACCAAAAUUUUAAAGUUGCAGCUGAAUGCGUAGAUUUUCUAUCAAUUGACAUCUACACUAGUAUAGUAAUGUAAUUCAUCUUUAGCUGAUGCAAUGGACAAAAACAUAAAGUACCUUGUUAACAACAAUCGGAACGAUAAAGAGAUGCUGGAGAAAGGUCAAUAUAACUUUAGAGAUCAUUCACCAGACGAGGUCUCCGCUGCGAUCGAUUUGGUUAAUCCUCCUCGGAAAGUAAGAGUGGAUAGAAAAGACCUUGUAAUCGAUCUUCCACCAAGAACAGAAAGCCUCACCUUUAACGCUGCGGUACUGAUCCCUAUGAAGCAGAGAAAAGACAGCCGUAACGAUAAAUGUACAUCAAAUGGAGGCAAAAGUAAACAAAAGUACAUCAAAGGAGCUGUUGGCAAGGCUCAAGACUCUGGAGUGGUCACGAUCAAAACUCGUUACACAAGUAAGGGAACCAUUCAUCUCCCUUAUUGGUUACUGUGUGGGAAAAGCAAAGGCCUGACGGUCAUGCAGUGCACUGGACUCCAGGGCGAGAAGGCCGGGUCAAUGUGUAGUAUUCUUGGGCAAGACACUUUACUCCCACAAUGCCUCUAUCCACCCAGGAGUAUAAAUAGGUACCGGCGAGUUGUCAGGGAAACCAGAUGAAAUACUAGGGGGGUAACCUUGAGAUAGACUCUCCCCUGGAUCCCAUCCAGGGGGGAGUAGUAAUACUCCUCGUCGUUUUCAUGUUACAUGGAAACCGGGAUAAGUUCCAGCUGAGUGGGCCAUUGAGCUCGAGUUAAUACUUUUCCUCUACCUUCUAUUGGUUGCUGAUUCUAAUGAUGAAGAAAAAAUUUUUUGUUCAAUAGUGGAAAGAACGUGACAGUGUAUUGAUAGGGGCAAGCUGGAAGGAGGGUAAAGGGAGGUUGAUAUCAUCCUAAAGGAUGUCUCUAGGCACGAUCCAUGCUGACAUGUGACGUUGCUUUUGUUGGUUUAAGGAGGCUCCAUAGGGUUUUUGCUCAAUGUUGACGCGCCAGCGUAUUGUUAUUUUAAAAAUUUUUUAUGUUUUCGCUUUUCAAGGUCACUAAAAGUCAUCAAAAGACAAUGAGCAAGGUUCGAACCAUCAUUUGCUGUAGUAGAUAUUUUCAAAAUGAUUUUCGUUAUUAAUCUAAGGCUUCACGAAGAGAGGUACUCGCCAGCGAUAAUUUGGCUUUGCCUUUGUUUUUCUUCAAUUUGCUUGGGUGAAAUCUCCCAAAAUUUUCACGAUUUGUGAAAUGUGCAAUUUUGUGUUUUCUUCCUCGAUCUUAACUUUUGAUGGUAUAAUUUUUUUUCACUAACAGGCACUAGGAAGGGCACAAAUAUGUGUAACGGUCCAGCAAACCUUAGGAAAUUUCACUGAAGAUCCCUAUUUUCUUUGUCGCAAAACAUUGCGUAAUGGAAAAGAACUUCGCUAAGAUCAGUAUCUGACCAUGCGUAGCCUUUCGAAUCUGUCGCCUUUGGCAACCUCCUUUCCCGCGGCGUUUUCUUUUCGGUUGACCUCUUUUUCAGGCGUAGAAGGCCUAUGAAUAUUACAGGAGCAGUUGCUGGAAACCUUAGAUUCCAUCACCAAAAAACCGUAUUGUGUUGUGAACUGUUUUUAACACACCUUUUCAGGUAACAAUCGUGCAAUCGUAUCGAGCCACCAUGUUUGUUUCUCAUGUAGACACUUUUUAAGCUCCCGCUAUGUUCGCACCCAGAUCUCGCUAGGUCAAAAAUCCCUAUGGAGCCUACUUAAUACAUCAAAAGGGUUUCGAGAGGAGUAUUGCACAGCUUUUUUUACAGAUACACAGUUCAUAUAAUGACAUCUUUACGACUAAUCGCACGGUUAUUCCUUACCAGCUUUGUUCUAUUACGUGGCGCUUUUCAAGAGGGGGGUGUGGGUUUUCAUCAACAUCGUCCCGAAUUCAAUCGACUCUAGAUAUGAUAGCAUGGUUAACUUUGUUCCAUAUUUAUAACGUUUCAAUAGCUUUGUCAAAUGAGAAGAGAAACCAUACUUUCCAAUGUAUCAGAAUUGAUGUGCGCAUGAAAGGUAAAUGUACGUAGAGAUAAGUAAAUCAAUGUGUUAAAUAGCAACCGCUUUUCUUUUCUAUUUGAUUCAACAUAUCUAAGCAAACAUCUGGAUUCAAGGACAUCGAUCGUUUGAUUCCGGAUUGUGGAUGCAUGUGUAACACAGUCGAACUACCCUCAGUGGGUGACUAAUUUCCUUCUGACUAUAGAACUUUGCGACCGCUAAAUUUUUUUUUUUUUUUUUUUUUUUUUCUAAGUAUGCCUUAAUCCAAAUUUUUUUCCAAAUACAUAGUUAGCUGGUCGAAUUUUGACUAUGUUCUUGUUCUAAUUGUUGUUCUUCCAUAUCAUAGACUUCAAGAAUGGUAGGCAAGCGAGUCAGUCAGAUACAUGUAUCAAUGUCAUUUUUUCUUCACAGGUGACAUUUGUCGGUUGAAAAACAAAUGUGGCGACUUACAUGGAUCAAAGUGUGACACGAAAUUCAUAAGUCCACUGUUUCCUCCUGGCUCCUACUACUGCAAGUGUAAUCCUGGUUUUGUCUCAUCGAGUUCUACAAAACUUCCCAUUGAGAACUAUGUAUUACCUGGAGAGAAAUGCAUUAAAGGUGAAAAAGGAAGCUAAUAGAUAAUAGCAAUAACCAACAUCGCCAUCAUCACAAUAAUGAUGAUAAUUAUAGAAAUCAUAAUAAUAACAAUAAUAAAAAAAGCAGUUUCAGACGAGUUUCAGAAAACUCAAACCAAAGUAAUCACAAAAGCCAAUCGGAGCGAAGGACGACAUUACCAAAAGCCAAUGAGAGCUCAAAGUAAAAACUGGCCAAACUGUAUAAAACGCGGGGAAACGCGAGUGUUCAAACCAGGACUGGUUCUAGUUUUGAAUCUAAUUGGUUAAGAACGUGCGCGUGUUUUCUAGACCAAUUAAAGAGCAAAGUCAAGCAAAACCAAAGUCAACAUGGUUUGCUUUCGACACUUAAUAGAAAACUACUCUAGUUGCACUACCAUGUAAUUGACUUCGCUUAAUUCGGUCAUCAGGACGGCCACCACAGAUAUGGCAUAGCAAACAGAAUCUUGCCUUACUGAAAAAAGUGAUUGCUUCCUCGACUGACAAUCUUGAGGGAUGUGAAAAGGAGAAAUGUAAACAGAAAGAGGCUUUUCCUCGGUUUGUGGUGGAUGGCGAUCCUAGGACGUGUUUCAGGUCCCACACAGAAGACAAACCUUGGUUGAUUGUAUAUCUUGGUGACUUACAACCUGUGUCUUUGGUUCGAAUUCAGUCUGCAGAGAAGCAAACUAAAAAAAAAAACACCGGCUUGAAAGACGUGGGAAUUUUCGUAGGUAUGACAACACCUGGGUUCAUGAUAUCAUUUAAUAGCAAAUGCGCUGGGAGUAAAGCAUAUUCUGGCGCAAGACGCAAAAUAAAAAAAUUGUCAGUAAGUGGGACCAGCUAGUCAAGAAAAUAUGUCUCUGAAGCGGCCAACAGAUAUGUUAGCAUUGGAUAAUCUUUAACAGGAACAUGCUUAGCUGACUGCCAUUUCGAAAAAAAAGGAAGUGAACAAUGGCGGUAUAAUUAAACUCCAAACUAAAAUUUUCGAAGGAUAAUCACUUUGAAGUAUAUGGUUCUUCACUCACUAAUUUAGCAUUUCAUUUUGUACAAACUUUUGACUCCCCCCUUAUAGUAAUUUCCGUGCUAUCUUUUCCCUCUCUUUUUCUUUAUCAAAUAUUGUUGUUUUUUAAGGUGACGGGAAUCAUUUCAUGAAAUGCGCAGUUGUGAAAUUGCUCGUUGACGGCAAAGAGACGAGCUAUGGAUGUAACCCAGAACUCUAUGUCUUUGGAAAUUCUGUCAAGAUAACUACUAAAGCCCCAGUGCUGCGAUUAUGUGAAGUUGAAGUGUACGCUAACUCAUAUGGUAAGAACCACAGUUGACAUGUUCUUUUUUAAGCCUUGAAUAACGACGGCCAUGGCAAUCAAUUGAAGCAGAUCACCUCUGAUUUUGACAGCAUUUCAGUAUUGCCACUUGGUGUAAGAUUCAUUGAAGGGUAGCACGAAUUGCUUUCAACAAUUGACCUUGGAAGCCUGGUUUAUCAACCAAUGAAUGUAUUCCUCCUAACAGAUGUUAACAACUACAUACAUAAUGCACUCAAUCAUUAACGACAUUGAAGUGACGAACACGCCGAACGGAAUGCGCAAUUUUUACCGACGGAUCAAGACUAACCAAUCACAACUGAGCUAUGCUACUCAAGUCGUACUAACUACUUAGACUUAAACAGACUAGCAACUCUUCACUUGACUCGAAUCAUAACUUACGCGCACGAUGUCGAAAAGUUAAUUAGUGAAUCAUAUUUAUUUGAUUAAAAAUCGCGGCGUUUAUUAAAUUUUUCGUGAUUCGAGUGCGGCUUUUAUUCAAGUGCGGCGUUUAUUUAAAAUCCAGUUCAUUUCUUGCAAACAAUAGUAUGGUAAAUGCCCAUUAUAGUUUUUAAAGACAGGAACUUGUUUUAGUGAUUGUCAUUUUCUAUAUCGUUUUCAGUUUCACAAUUUGCUUGUUAAUACUAAUGCAAUACAUAAAGUGAAUAAAGUUAACUUAAUUUCAAUGUCACUGUCCUCUCCAUCAUCCGAGUUCAAAAGAUGUAAUCUUGGAUAUGCUUCCUCGAAAUCAGAACUGGUACAUUUAAAAAGGUCCGCUCAGAAUUUCUAACUACAAUCGAAGCAUUGAUCGUCCACUGCUACAAGGCUGUUCGUCCUUAAGACAGGGAAGCGUAUCGCCUUUCGACCAGUCCGCUGGAAGGUUCAACGUGCAGCUUGAGAGAGAUUUUUUGACGACCUCUGUGGGUAACUCUGCCAAAACUCGGGGUUGCUUUCAAAUUUCCGGCAACUGUUUCUUUGUGAAUUCCCACGGUACUCAGCCAUUCAUCAGACUUUUCAGUUCAAGCGGCCUUGAACAGCUUGUUCCAGCAAACGUUCGGUGCCUGGAUAUAUCUGGACAUGCUUUCUUCGAUGUAACGCUCGAAGGAGUCCCAGGUUAAUAGCGAUCAACCACCUACCUGUAUAUCAUUGCCAUGGUAGUCUGCUGUGUGUUUUUUGAGUCUAUUAUGCGAAUAAACGGCGCGUGAUGACGCGGCGUUUAUUCGAGGGCGACGUUUAAUAAUAUUUCUGCUCUAAAAUGCGGCGGUUAUCGAAUUAAUACGGUAUCUGAAAAUAGUUGAUUUUUGGGCGACCUAUACCCAUCAAACCACGCAAUUAACUGUUAGUCCUCGUUUCAAAACUAUUUGCUAAAUAGAAAGACCUCUCUGAGGUCUUUGAUUGGCUGCGCUAGCUUUUGUAUCCAACUUGUUUACUCUCAAUGUACAGGAAACAUUAUCGGAACGAAGCAACAGUCAUAUGGCCCUGCAACGAGUCGUUUUGCUAUCGACGGAGAUGCAAGCACGUGUUUUAAAGCCAAAACCGGUAGGGACCGGUUCUGGAGUGUGAACCUUGGAGAAAAUGUUCGAGUGGCGCGUGUUUUCAUGCUAUUUCACGGCAAAUUUGAAUGGAAAAAUACGUCAAUUGAUAUUGGUAAGUAUUCUUUUUGACUUAUUCCAUCCUUUUGUUUGUUUGUUUGUUUGUUUUUUUUUUUUGGUGUUUUGUUUUCCCGUUCGUUCUUUUCAGUUGCUAGUUUAUAAAAAAUCAAGUAUGUAUUGUGUCCUAAUGUAGAGCUACAAGGGGCAUGACAUCAUCCAAGAUUACCUGUCCUUCGAGUUGACCAUACUCGAUAUUGGAUGACUACUGAACAAAAAAAAACAGCGAUGACGUCAAGAAUAGUAAUUUAAAUUUAAGGGUCAAUUUCAUGCUCUUGAACCAUCCUCGAAGAAUUUAUUCCCCAAGAGUUACGAAAACGAGGCAAAUCCGCUUAAAAAUUGUUCGACCUGCCGUUAUGCUUGUAUCUUUGAAAGUUGACGGAAUUAUUCAAUAUGUUACUUGUUGUUAGAUACCAAAGUAUGUUUUGUUACGAAUGCAUAUGGGGCAAGAAAAGGAAAUUACUUUGACUGUAAUCAGCCAGUUACUGGAAGUAGAAUGCUUAUCAGGUGGCCAUCGAAGUAUAUAGAUAAUAUACAGCUCUGUGAAGUGGAGGUUUUCCCGAUGAAGAUAAGUAAGAAUACGCUUUCUUCAUUGAUUUUUAUCAAGUUUCUCAUACAAAGUUUUAGACAGAACUUUAGCGUUCGAUGAUUGUAUUACUCACACUUAAAAUUUCAUUUCCUUUAGUUAACCUGGCAGGAAGGCGUCCUACAAAGUCCUCGACAAAUGAAAAGGAAUCAUACAGAGGCUGUGAUCAGAAACUUGGUGAGUGCAGCAAUAUUAAAAAGAAAAAGACCGGGACAAAUUUACGUAGAGUCAAAUAAACUCAUGAUAGACGUAUUUUACUCUAAUCUAGCAUCAAAGACAUUUUAUUUAAUCUUUUCGGCCAAUCUCCUUUAACUGUUGCAAAAUUAUUGUUCAAGAAAUUUUUGUGUAACUUUAUGAGUGACUGUUGAUUCUUUUCCAUUUCAGACCAACCCUUCUCCACUAGGGUCAAACCGCGUUCGAAACAAAUAAAAUGGUGGUCGGUUGAUUUAAUAGCAUUAUGCAAAAUCCAUCUGGUGCGCAUUGUGACAGACACAGGCUACAAACCGCAACACCUCAAGGGUUUAAAAAUUCAAGCUGGUAAGUAACCAUGGCUUUCCCCUGCAAAUCGAUCAUCUUAAUAGUUUAUCCUUUAUUGCUUCCCUUUUCGGAGUUAACUUAUUUAUAGGCAUUUUGUAAAAAAUCCAUUUACAAAAAAGAGAUUAGAGUCCAAAUUUCCGCAGAAAAUAGGUAUUAAACUUGUUAAAUGAACCACAAAAUUUGGCUAAAAUAAAAACUCCGAAACUUCCUAAAUUUCCGAGCAAAGAUGUAACUACCCCCGACUUCUCGAACUUCUAACGGAAACAAUUUUUGUAAGGGUCUUUUCAGAAGUUUUCUUUCGCCAGUGCUCGAAGCAACUUCCACAGUAGCUCCUCGUACGAAACCAUCGUUUCCAGGAUGCACCUCUACAAUCCUUCCGAAUUUCCAAGUACUACGGUUCGAGUUCCCUUCUUCCAUUACGAUGACAAUAUCACCUGGAGCAAUUGUGCGACGCUGGCCUGUGGUGCUAUCUUAGAUCCACCACGUACUCACGUUUUUAACGGUUCCAAAAUUGACCUAGAAAUUUAGACAAAUAACGCUACCUUCUGGUGAGGAGUUGGACUUCCGUUUUAUCUUCUUCAGCAAAUGCACAUUUGUCAGGGAUGGACAGAAGUCUCCUUUCUGUCAACAGAUGAGAAGGCGUCAGGGGUUCCUCUUUAUUGUCUGCGGACACAUAGUUGAGUGGUCUAGAGUUCAGUACACAUUCCACUUCCACCACUGCAGUCAAAAGCUCGUCAUACGUCAACUUCGCGUUCUUAAAAAUUUUCUCGAGACAACGGUUAACAUGCGUUCGAAGAAACCGCCCCUCCACGGCGCUAACUCCAAAUUGAAUCGCCACUUAAUCUUGUGAUUCAAGGAGAAACUCUGAACUUCUGGUAACUCAAAGAGGAAUGAUAAGAACUUAGCAGCAGUCUUUAAGGUUUUGGGCGUUUUCUGACACGACCACCUAUGGUAUACCUCGUCUGCGGAUGAAACGUGUAAAGCUUGUAAUGAAUGUUUUCGUGCUCAGGUCUGGUACAACAUCAAGAUGAAUGGCUCUGCUUCUUCCACAAGUGUAAAACACGAUGUAGAAUUUCUCCAUACCAUUAUUUCGACAAACAAUGGUCCAGUGUUGGUGAAGGCAGGAUUCUCUUCCACACGAAAUUGAGGUAAGGGCGCCGUCGGCGGGAUAGCAUAAUGCUGUCCCCUCCAUCUUCUUGCGGUCCACACAUUUUAAAAGAAUCUUACGAACGACUUGUCUUCCUUUCACAAUCCACAAUCAAGACCUUAGUUCUGCCAAGGUUUCUCUCACUCCGUUGUGUAGGGCUCGCUUGUGACAAUCAUGAAUGAUAAGAACGGCUAGGUAGUGAUCUGAUGGCAGGAAAAUGGGGAACUUGGUGUUAAAUGGAAUCGCAUCAGUGCUGUUAGACGUGUCAGAUUCUUAAAGUCUCCGUAUUUCCGGGGUUCGAAGAUACUUGUCAACGAUAUCGUCCAAGAGUCUACAUGAAGCCCAGAGGUAGGUUUUCUUUUGUCCUUCAGACGCAUUUCUUCAAAGUAAGCUCUAAGGCUCGUGGGAGUUUCCGAAGAAGGGCCAAAUCUUCUUUUCUUUCACUAGCCAAAAUGGACCAUGCCACCAUAAUCGUGACUGUUUCAACGCAUCUGAUCCCAUACCACGGAAGGGCAAGUCUGCGGGAUUUUGAGAUUCAGGGCAAUGGUUCCAAGCUUCGGGCGGCACAUUCUGACGAAUUUCUUUGACUUUGUUCUCAACGAAUUGCUUGUAUUCUUUGUACACCCCCUUGAUCCAGUGAAGAGCCGUAGUGGAAUCUGUCCAGCAAAAUACUUCAUUAAUCUUAACCAACGGAAGUAGGGCUGAACGGACCAGGGUAAUUAACCUGGAUAGUGUAAGUGACGCUAAGAGCUCAAUCCUGGGAAAGAUUUGUUUUGCAAGCCAUACGACUCUUGACUUACUCAUCGACAACUGAACGAGACUCCGUGACUCGUUUCCACUCUGAGAUAAACAGCUGCUGCAUGAGCCACUUCAGAGCCGUCUCCGAAGCCAUGUAGUUGAAGUGAAAUUACGCUCUCGUCUGGAAGAUAACAUCGUUAGAUCGUGAUGCAUUCAGCUUUUGACAGAUCAGAUAACCAUUGCGAGUACCUCAAAGAAAGUUCCUCGUCAAGAGGGUCGUCCCAACCAAUUUUUAAUUUGCAUAAAUCCUGAAAGAGUGUCUUGAUUGUGAUGAACAGGGGUGAAAUCAAACCAAGAGGAUCGUGCAACUUGGCCACAACCUUGAGUACAGUGCGCUUGUUUAAGAUUAGUUCUUUAGCGAAUUCCACCAGCCAGUCAAAUCGGAAAACGAAAGUGUCUCUUUCAAUGUUCCAAUUCAAUCGAAUAAUUUUCUUCUCGCUUGAAACGAAUGCGGAACAACUUUGAACUCCAAACUGAGUCUGCGCAUACAUACUGUCUUCUUCGGAUAGCUGAACCACUUUUUUAACUGGUACUCCUUCUUCUUCGUCGAUCUAUUCCAUCAGCCUCUUAGAACUUGACAUCCACUCCCUUAAAUUGAAUCUAGCCUCCUUCAUUCUUGAUCUUGCUUUUUUGUAGAGCUCAAAUGCUGGGGAUCAUUAGCUUCAUACUUAGUCGCUUGAUGUCUGAUUGUUGCGUUCAGCAAAAAGGAGAACUUGUGACGCCAAAUAAGACUCGGUCGAAACGUUUCAUAACAAUGUUUCGAUUUGUAUUAUCAGUAUCAUCUAUCCAAAGAAAGCGCAAAACAUCUCGGUCAGCUUCUUUGAUCUGGACCAUUAGGUAGGUUUUUUAAAUGUCGGCCGCCAUAGCAACUCGGUGGUAUCUGAAACGUAUCAUAACACUGGGUAUGUUAGAAAGUAAUUAUGGACCUGCACAAAGACAGUCGUUUAACCCUGGACCAGUAGACUUGGCGGAUGCAUCAUAGACUAUCCUCACUUUAGUCGUCUGUUUAUCUUCUCGCACAAUUGGACGACGGUAAAUAAUGAACGUCACCAACUUGGAUUGGUAUAUCAGGAUCGACAUCGGAGAUUAAUCCCCACUAAGAUUUCUCUUCAAUGAUUCGGUUGCACUCUUCAAAUAAUCCAAGAUUCUUUCUUAGACGUUUUAGAACAGAAGCCAGGCGAGAAUCAUUAGCUUCAUACUUAAUCGUAUGGUGUCUGAUUGUUGCGUUCAGCAAAAAGGAGAACUUGUGACGCCAAAUACGACUCGGGCAUAGUUAUCCAGAAAUAAUGCGUGCUGUUCCUUCCAAGGAAGAGAGACUUCAUAGCGGUGGUUGUUAAGGUGAAUAGUAUCCAAGAACUUCUCAUGCACUGUCUCUUAUUGUGUUGACACACCGAUAGCUUCUAACUCCCAGAAUUUUUUUACUUGUUCUAGCAGCGGGUCAUAAAUUCUCUUUUCGGUAACAGUGUCGUCACGUGAGGAGGUGUCUAGCCGCAAGGUUUGGCAUUUGAUCAAAUGAACACUAGUAUCUGAACCUGGUGUGUGGGGCCUAUAGCACCCAUCCAAGACUCGUCUUCACCGCCACAGGACCUGAUUACGCCCGUUUCGUGUCUCCAACGAAGAAAGACUGAUAGAAAUCGUUUCCAAUUAGAACAUCUGCUCUUGAAUCACAGCCUUCCGAUAAUGGAUCUGGUUUCUCAGCGAUUUGCUUCAUUGAUGGUCAUUACAACACUUCCUUGAGCAGCAUUUUCUAAAAUGACGCGACUGCUGUUGGCUGUAUCGCAAAUUGUCAUGUAAUGUCCUCCUGAGCAAAUGCGGCUCAAAUGGUUGCCAAAUGGUUGCGACGUAAACAUAAAGCAGCGGCCCUCUCGUUUCAACAGGUUUCUUCUGGCUUCGAUGUCAGUGACUACACCACAACUCGCGCUGGGGUGCCCUUGCUCACAGAACAUACAGGUUACAGAUCCCUCAGACUGAUUAAUCAGAACUAAAGCGGACGAAAACUCUUCACCUUUUUCUGGCGGCACUGAAAAAUACUUCUUUGAGGUAGGAGGAUCGGUCGGGUUUGUUCCAAUCGGCCCCCAAUCGCUCUCUCGCUUCAGUUUCAUGGUCGAAGGCCUUAAGUAAAACAACCAAAUCCAAUUGUGGUUAAUCCGCGGCCCUUGAAAUUAUCAAGCGCAUAUUCGGUGGUAAUUUUCCCAUGAGAAGGGGAAUCAAAAGCUUCCCAUACAAUGCAGAAUUUAAUUCCUAGGGCUUGUAAAGCUUGAACGUGUGCUUCAACUCAAUCGUAAAAAAGGCGUAGACGUCUCAGACAUUGUCCACUCUUACAGCUGAUACUUUCACUAAUCCCUCCAUGUGAGCAUUAAUGAUUACUCAGGGUUGCCCAAAUCCUUUCUUCAGAAUGGAUUUGGCUGACUCGAAAUUUUCUGCUGCUGUCAUCGACAGCACUUGCAAACGAUUUCUGGGAUGUAUUGAAGGAAAUGGGAUCACCAUAGAAUUUCUUCGACAGUUUUGCCUUUCCAAUUGCAAGACUUUUAGUGGGCGAAUUAGGCUUAGAGAGAGGAAUUGACUUAUCUGUAUUUCCAGCCUCUUCCAGUUCAACUACGUGGAGCGUUUCGUCAAUUUGCACUAUUAUUUGAUGAAAAGAUUCUCUGAAGUUUCCAUUUUCCUUGAUUUCAUCUUCGAGUUGCUUUUCUGUUAUACAGACAGAAUUUCGUCGUCCAGGGCUACAAGGACAUUGAGGUUUUCCGUACGAGCAAUCCGAUAAGUUUUCAAUUGAUUCACGGGAGGAGGUUCAAAUUCAUCGAGUAAGGCUUUUACUUUUUCCAAAGUCGUCGUAACGUAUCCUUUAUGUCCUUCUCAGAUCUUUCUCUUCUUUUUCAAUUCUUCAUCAGCCAUUUUUCCAGAGAGAGUGAAUUCUUCAGUCAGUCAAAAUUCCAAGGUCUCAGCACCAUGUAAAAAAUCCAUUCACGAAAAAAGAGACUAGAGUCCAAACUCCAUAAAAAAUAUGUAAUAAACUUCUUAAAUAAACCACAACAUUUGGCUAAAAUAAAAAGUCCUAAACUUCUUAAAUUUCCAAGCAAAUGAGUAACAAAUUUACGCGAACGACAGCUCAAAAACAACUAAAACUCCGCGAAAAACAAACUAAAAGUAAGCAAAAAGUGUCCACGUCAGUUUUCCAAAUUUCGAUUUCUUUAACGUGAUUGGCUAAUUUGUGAAAUCACGCGCGUCGUGCGUGAAUACCAAAGGAAUUCAAAGGGGAGAGCGGAAGAGAAAAAUUGUUACUUGAAAUUUAAAAAAGAAAGAGAAUUUCUACACAUUUUACCGAGAAAUUCGUCAGUUUGAAGCAGAUAUUAGGUUAUUUUUAUCAUUAACAGAUGCUGGUGAAAAUGCUUUUGGGAAAGGACGCCAUGUAGCUAGUCUGGAUUCUCCAACCAGAGAGCCUGUUCAGACCAUAACUCUUCGCAAAAAUAUCAAAGCAAGGUUCGUUACCCUUGCCCUUUCGAACAAACGUCUGGAACUUCAGUUCCGUGAAGUGGAAAUCUACAAUGGUCCUUUGCUAGGUAACAAUAUAGCAUCCCUGGUUGCAAUAGAUUUAUGCUUCUUUAAAACUUAUUUGUUCCAUUGUCCUCAAGAUUCAUCUUUGAAAAUUACUCCCUGAUCCGCACCUAAAAUAUAGAUUCCGUUUUGACAGCAAGCCUAAGAAUAUAAUUCCGAUGGGAAGCCAAGAUUUUCUCUUGAACAAGAGGUCAACUUCAGGGCCAACCCUUUAAUUCAGUUAGUUUUUUACAUGUUGCAGCAUGUCUGGUAUGUACCAGUAUCUUUUACAGAAGGAGAUACAGCAACAAGCAGAAAUUUAUUUCGACUUAACAACAAAUAAUAACCUGCAUCCAAAAGAAACUCAUAAUAUAUUAUAAUUUUGACCUUUUAAUAAUUUACCACACACUUUUUGAGGGGGCAAAACCUAGCCCAAAGGUAUUUCAUUUUGAUAAUCCAUUGCAAAUUUUUUACUUUUUUUAUCCAAGCUAUUGAUGAUUGUAAAAGACCGAAUAUUUGUCCAAAAAACUUCAAAUGUGUGAAUGGGACGAAAUCCUAUAAGUGUGUGUGCCGUGAUGGAUUCAGAGAGAUUGGAACAAACAAAUGUGAAGGUAAUUCUCUUACUCUGUUAUUAUUAUGAUGAUGAUUAUUACUGAUUAUAAUAUUAUUGCUAGUACAAGUAUUAGUAUCAUUAUCAUUAUUUUUAUUUCCCGAAAGUAGAUAUAUCGAAUUUGAUAGAGGAUGUCUUAUGAAUGAAAUUCAAUUUAUUUGCUUUAUUCGCACGGUAACGAAUCCUGAAAUCUGAUUGGAUCUUUGCGCGGUCCAGAUUUUCCUAACUCUACCAAAAGGCACAUUGAGUAACGCUUUUGCGAGUCGCAAACAUUACAAACCAGUUUGUAACCCCAUAAUUCUUUCACAUAAAGUAUCUCAAAAAGUCAGAAUCGUGAGGUGUUUGUUUACCAUUAGAUAUGUUAAUGUAACUUUCAUUCAUUUAAUACCUGAAUUCUCCAAAACAAUUUGUUCACUGUAAAAAGUUGGGCAAAGUCUUGAUUUGUACAACAAGUACACUUUCAGUUAGUCUUUGCGAUUCCGUUGCAUUUGGACAAUUGGAGUAACAUGUUGAUAUUGAUCUCUCUCUGCUUGUGAAGAUGUUUAUGCAUAUAAAACUUAAAUGGUUAUAUCAACAAAUAUCUAUCUUACAAUCAUCAUUAUCGAUAUCGAUUCCGGGAAAAAGGGCUAAAGACGAAUCCUCAGUCUCGUACUUAGUCCACAAAAUAUUACCAGUAGCCUCUCAUUCAAGAAAAGAGAGGGCACGGCGUGUAAAGAGCGUCACUCAACAGCCCGAAAAGUCGAAUUAACUUGUGCAUUACGUCUGCUAGUGGCUCGGCAUUUCAACUUUUUAUGGUUCUGUGUUGGUGUUCUCAUUGCAGAAAAACAUGGGAAAGAGUUUUUUAAACUUUCGUCGGGUAAUAAGACAUGUAAGAACAGAAAAAGCUUAUUCCUAUAUCAAAUAUUGAUUAGAACCAGUUCGAACCUCGUUGUGAAGCUUAGUUUACGGUAAAAACUGUAAAAUUGGGCUUGAUUUUGCAAGGUUUGUAAAGUCAGGUUUUUUUCCACCAUAUUAAAUGAAAAGGUCUCGGCAGAUGUGAAGUCAGAAUUGAAAGCUUACAUUAUAUUGCGGAACGUUUCAAAAGAAGCCCAUCUGCUCAUGUUCAUUGAACUGUUUAGUCAAAUUUUGCCAUACUUCAUUAUCGCGCGAUUUUAAUAUGUCCUUGGUUUUCCGAAUCGACAGAGAUAAAGGACUGCAUUCCCGCCUGUGCUGCAAAUAACUCCUUCUGUAAUACGUCCUUUGGGUCUUACAUAUGUGAGUGCCCAUACGGAUUUAAUCCAUUGUUAGGUCAUAAAGGAGUUCUUCUUCAUUGUGAAGGUAUGACGAAGUUGCAUGUUUUAGUUUUUCGAUGCCAUCUAAAGAAGAAAAUAGAAACAUUUCUGACGUUUACUCUUAUUUGAAGUCAAAUAGGAAUACCCCUCCGGCUGCUGUUUAAAAAAAACGUAUCUUGGGUAGGGGGUAGACAGUCUUUGUGGCAUAAAGGCUGAGAGAGGUGUGAUUAUUUGCUUUCGACAUCUUAACUCUGAUGUACUGAUUUGGUUCUGUCAAUCAGGAAGCGCUGAUGUCGAUGACAAGUGCAAACUACUUACAGCUAUAAGAACAUUAACGUGGCGCCCCUGUGUUCUCUAUCUCCUCUCCACCUCCUCCCUCCCGACCUUUUCUUAAUCAUGUCUUUUGUAUUGCAUUAAAUGUACAAACCAAUAAAUUCGGUGAAUUGAAUAAUUAACCUCUAACCAAUUUCAGAUGUUAACGAGUGCGAAAAACCGAUGUCAAACAUAUGUGGAAAUACAUCCAUUUGUGUCAAUGCACGUGGUUUUUACAACUGUACCUGUAAGAGUGGAUAUGUAUUGGACAAAAGUGGCCUUAAAUUUGAAUGUAAAGGUUAGUUUUCUGUACCUCUUGCAAAAUGAAUGCGACGUGUAACUUGCAAUCGGUUGGAUCGCAGUGUGAAAGUUAAAUUGCAUGUCCUUCCAUGUUUGUCCCGAAAGAACUGGGAUGGGCGUUGUUAAAAAGGGAUGGUCUUUCGUGCGUGAUGCGAACAAACAGCAAAACUUUCUUGACGAAUUCACAAUUAGUAUUCAUACCAAAUCAUUGUUAUCGUUUCACAAAUAUUUCCUAAAAGUAAGAAAUGGAUUGGUCUCGUCAUAACCGGAAUUGUUGUUAUGGUCCAGCUACACCGGCCACCUCCAUUGCUUGAAUGGCAUUUUAUCAAGGAGGAUCGGUUACUCACUUACAAGCACUCUGUUUAUAUAUAUAUUUCUGUGAUAGAAAUCUAGUGUUGCGUCUGUCACCCUUGUAAGCUUAUCGCUUUUAUUAUUUUUCUCUAGAUAUCGAUGAAUGCGCAAUGAAAAACUCUUGUCACGUGAACACCACGUGUUCUAACACCCCUGGUUCUUAUAGGUGCACGUGUUCCCAUGGACUCGGUGGAGAUGGCUACAAAUCCUGCUUAAGUAAGAGAGGCUGUCACCAGCUCUUUAUGAGGUUAAGAUGAACGCAGUUAUUUAGCCCCUUAAGCGACCAUCAUUGCUAUUCAACAUCUCUUCAACAGGUUCCGCUAUAGGCUGAUUUUUGUAAAUCUAAAACCGGUUCAUACCCGUUGACAACAUUUGUUUUAGGCUGCAUUUAAUUAAAUGAUAAUACUUAUUCUGAAAAUGCUUUUUUCAAGCGUAUGGAAUUGAAUUUAGCAAGAUUUCUCUAUCAUACCAGAACUACCUCGCUGCCCCAAUGGCAAGUGCAAAAAGAAUGCAAUUUGUAAAGAUUUCAAUGGUACUGACCUGUGUGAUUGCAAAGGAGGCUAUCAUUUCAACGGCAAGAUCUGUGUUGGUAAGGACAUUGUCUUCAUCAUCAUUAUUUAACAAAGAGAACAGUGAUUUGGAGAUUGUUUCCUUUAGAAAUGGCAAUUCUUUUUUUGUACUACCUGCUCAAUCGUUACAAGUAGCAAGCGGUUAAAUGGCUCCAGCUCACUACUUCUUCUCUCCGUUUAACCCUGAUAUGCAACAAGAGAGCACUCUCUUGUUUACAAGUUAUCAGUUCAACAACAACAACAAAAGUGAAAACGAAACAGGUUCUGUUUACCGCAGAACUUAACCUUAGAUAGCCUCGCGCUUGGCUCAAACUUUUCAUAGCCAUUUCGAUUUUUAAUUUUGUUCGCUUAGUGAUUCAGCCGCUGAGCUUACUCCCGGCUAAGCUAGGUGGGAAGAACGGUUGAACUCUUCCAAAUUGUGGAAGCCGUUCUUAAUUGUUCAGCCGCAUGUACUUAAUUCAAGUUGGUAACUGAUAACUUAAUUUCUUUUUCCUCAUCUUUUAGACACAGAUGAAUGUCAACUAGACAAAAGUAUCUGCGGUUCAAACUCCGUUUGUUCAAACACUCGGGGAUCUUACCACUGCAACUGUGAAGUUGGCUUCAGGAGUGACGAGGACAGUGGAAAAAACUGUUACGGUGACUUUUGGUUGAUGUGACUUUCUAAUAUAAACGAGCAAGCUGCUAUGAAUGUGAUAAAACACUUCAAGAAUAUCUUUUAUCGUGAAAUGAGCUUAGUCGGCCGGGAGGAGGUCCGUAUGGUAAUACACUGUGCUUGAGGUCUUGAAUACGGCUCGAAGCCGAAGCUAAAGGCGUUACCCAUGACCAUGAGCACAGUUUUUUCUAAUACAGUAUUUAUGUGUUGUUUUCUUUUCCCGCUUUGCUAUGAAUGGUCAAUUAGAGCGCUUAACCCUCUAUAAAUACUUGACUCAAUACACUUAUACUAUCUAUUGACAUUUGUUAUCGUAGAAAUAAAUGAAUGCGCGAAAAAAGACUUAUGUGGUGGUGUAGCAGAGUGUGAGGACAUUUUUGGAUCAUACAAAUGCAAAUGCCCGCAUGGAUUUUCCUAUGAUAAAACAGAAAAGAAAUGUUUUGGUGAGAAACAUUGCACAUUUUAAUCUUCAGAAUAAAUAAUUUUUGUUCGACAUUCAUAUCGAUUUCAAAUAAAACGCGUGUUUAUGUGUUUAAGAAGAAUUUCAAAAUUUUUACCAUGAUAUUUCUAUAUACUUUCUCGCAGAUAAUGAUGAAUGCACAAUUAGUCAUUCGUGUCAAUCCUAUAUGAUUUGCACAAACACAUUUGGAUCCUACUCCUGCCGCUGUCACCAAGGAUAUCGCGCAGACAAAUUGUUUUGUACAGGUAAUGAUUAGGUGAAGAGCACGAUAUAAAAACAGUGCCAAUGCCUCUUCUCGGUUGAAUGCAACUCUUUCGCUAUCUACGCACCCACUAAGCUAAAUCCAAGGUGACGUGGAAAAUUUUGUUUCAUAAAUUUUUAUUAAUAAGUUGAAAUGAAAUAACUUUAAUUUAACUAGCGGAUAAGAAUCAAGCAAAGAAAUAAUCCACGCUAGCGGAGUGCAAUUUUGGCAAUUGCAUCGAAGAAUCCUGAAUAAACUCUUUGAGGAGAUUCCCAGAUACUAUUUGGGUAGGACACAUUCACCAACUUCCUUUGUUGCAGUAUCAACUAUUAUCUAGGAGGCACCGGUUCGAAUCCCGUCAAUCCCUGAAUUUUUUUUCCGGCUUCUUCUAUGCAAUUGCGAAAAAUCGCAGUCCACCUGCGAGGAUCUUUUUUUUUGCUUUAAAUAUUCAGUAAUUAUCCUUCACCUCUGACUUCAUGGUACAAUUCCAAGGAGCAUAAAAGCCUUCUACUUGUCAGUGUUAUAUGAGGUUCCUCUCCUGAGGGAUCUAUGGUAUUCUUCUCUUCUGCAAAGUUCAGCAAGUUCAGGGGAAACUUAACUGCCUGUCACUCUAUUGAAGCGACAGAUCGACCCAUUUGCUCUAAGUAGGAAAUAUUCUCUAAGGGUUCCUCCUCGAUUUAGUUACUUAUAUCAAAGACGAAUCAAUCUAAAACAGAAGGGCAUGGAAAUUUACAAAUAUGUCCUUUUUGUUUUACAUAGAUAUCGAUGAAUGUGAGGAAAUGAGAUACGAUUGCCCUAAGUUUUCAAGUUGUAAGAACCUAAACGGUAGUUAUGAAUGUGUCUGUAAAGGCGGUUAUCGAAAAGAAUCCGAUGGAACUUGUUCAGGUAAUGUUUAACAUUUAAUUUCACCUCUGGAAAGGAGUUUUUUUUACUGCCGUAGAGCUGAGAUAACUAAGCUCAAGCUUAUAUAUGUGUCUUUGGUGCCCACUGUAAACAAACAAUACUGCAAUUAAAGCCUGUUAUUAUUGUCCUCAGAAAUUUGCUUUCCAGAGUGUGACGAAAAUUCAUAUUGUCAGAUAGGAAAAUGUCUGUGCAAGAAGGGUUUUCUUCUGAGCCCAAACCAAAUGUGUCAAGCAGGUUAG